AUGACACUUUCCCUAAUUGGAAUUGCAUUAUUAUCGCACUUUUUUGGUGAUCGUGCCAACAAAAGAUUAAAAGAAAAUAACUUUAAAAAAAAUAUUAAUAUCCUCUCCGGUACUAAGGCUGAUUGGUCUUGCUUUUACCUAGCUAAACAAUAUCACGAAGAAUGCGACGAUAUCAACAGAGGAAAUGAUUAUAUGGAAGGUUUGUGUUUUGAUUUGGAAACUAAAUUAAGCAAGUGUAAAGAUGAUCUUUAUGAUGAUAUUUCUUCAUUUAAUUCAUAUUAUAUGGAACCUCCAGUUAAACUCAUCGACGCUCCCUCUUGGUUUGAGAAUAAACAGAAUUAA